AUGGCUUCCAUGGAACAACCCUCACCUCUGAAGCGGCGUGAGGCUUCUGCGUCAAGAAAAGAUGAUAAACUUAUCAUAACUCCUUUAGGAGCUGGUAAUGAAGUCGGCCGCUCUUGUGUGUAUAUGUCCUACAAAGGGAAAACUGUGUUGUUUGAUUGUGGAAUUCACCUCGCAUAUUCGGGCAUGGCUGCUUUGCCGUACUUUGAUGAGAUUGAUCCUUCCACAAUUGAUGUCCUCCUCGUUAGUCAUUUUCACUUGGAUCAUGCUGCUUCUCUACCUUACUUUCUUGAGAAGACCACAUUCAAGGGCCGAGUCUUUAUGACUUAUGCAACAAAGGCCAUCUACAAGUUGCUUUUGACGGAUUAUGUGAAAGUGAGCAAAGUUUCAGUUGAAGAUAUGUUGUUUGAUGAGCAGGACAUAAAUGCCUCAAUGGAUAAAAUUGAGGUUAUUGAUUUCCAUCAAACCGUAGAGGUUGAGGGCAUUCGAUUUUGGUGCUAUUCUGCUGGUCAUGUCCUUGGUGCUGCUAUGUUUAUGGUUGAUAUUGCCGGCAUUAGAGUCCUGUACACUGGUGAUUAUUCACGUGAAGAAGACCGGCAUCUUCGUGCUGCUGAGACCCCACAGUUCUCGCCUGAUGUGUGCAUUAUUGAAUCCACGUAUGGUGUACAGCACCAUCAACCCCGGCACAUCAGAGAGAAGCGAUUCACUGAUGUUAUCCAUUCAACCAUCUCUCAAGGGGGUCGUGUCUUAAUUCCUGCUUAUGCACUUGGCCGUGCCCAAGAACUUCUCCUGAUCCUUGAUGAGUAUUGGGCAAGCCAUCCUGAGCUCCAAAAUAUUCCUAUUUAUUAUGCUUCCCCACUUGCAAAAAGAUGUCUAUCUGUAUAUGAGACAUACACCCUUUCCAUGAACGAUAGAAUCCGCAAUGCAAAGUCAAAUCCCUUCAUAUUCAAGUACGUAUCACCACUAAAGAGCAUUGAAAAUUUCAAAGAUGUAGGCCCGUCAGUGGUGAUGGCAAGCCCUGGUGGUCUUCAGAGUGGGCUGUCAAGGCAGCUAUUUGAUAAGUGGUGCUCUGAUAAGAAAAAUGCGUGUGUUAUUCCAGGUUUUGUGGUUGAAGGGACACUAGCUAAAACAAUCAUCAAUGAACCGAAGGAGGUAACUCUUAUGAAUGGACUCAGUGCUCCUCUCAACAUGCAGGUCCAUUACAUUUCAUUCUCUGCUCAUGCAGACUCUGUUCAGACAACUGCAUUUUUGGAAGAGCUGAGGCCUCCUAAUAUAAUCCUUGUUCAUGGAGAAGCUAAUGAGAUGGGGAGGCUCAAACAGAAGCUGAUGACCCCAAAAAUGGCAAAAGCUAUUGGAAGGCUUGCUGAGAAGACCCCUGAAGUUGGUGAAAGUGUCAGCGGUUUUACUGAGUCUUCAGUGGAUGAGGAAUCUGGAGUGCCAACAUUGCGAGUGCAUGAUCGGGUGACGGUGAAGCAGGAUACAGAUAAACACAUUUCAGUACAUUGGUCGUCAGAUCCUAUAAGUGACAUGGUGUCAGACUCCAUUGUGGCUCUUAUUUUGAAUAUCAACCGAGAAGUCCCCAAGGUAGUUGUUGAAUCAGAGGACGUAAAAACUGAGGAAGAGAACGGGAAGAAGGUGGAAAAGGUCAUUCAUGCACUUCUUGUAUCACUCUUUGGGGAUGUGAAGCCUGGAGAAAAUGGGAAACUAGUGAUUAGGGUUGAUGGGAAUGUGGCACAGCUUGAUAAACAGAGUGGGGAUGUUGAGAGUGAAAAUGAAGGUCUCAAGGAAAAAGUAAAGGUGGCAUUUCGUCGAAUCCAAAGUGCAGUGAAGCCAAUCCCUCUCUCUGCAACUUAG